GCUUCAUCGACGUGACCCGGAAGAUCCCCCACGCGUGUCUGCGGGACUGUCCGGAGUUGAAAUCUUUUUUUUCCUUUCGGACUCUUUGCCCCGAAACGUGUCGGCGGAGGGUUUGAUGUUUCCCGCUGACAGACCGACCGCAGCCGGAGCUCACGGAGUUAGCCGCCACGCUAACACAUUAGCCUGAAAACACACACACACACACACACCAGGGUUGAUGAUGUCAUCAUCAGGGGACCAGCUGUGUCUGAACAUCACCAGUGACCCCUCCUCCUCCUCUUCCUCGUCCAGGAGGAAGCAGCUGUCAUCACAGGAGCGAUGGGCCCAGAGGAAGCAGAAGGCGAGGAAGAGGAAGCUGCCUUCCUCAGAGGAGAUGAGGAGCGGCUCCAAACAGAAGAGGCUGAGCAGGGAGGAGCCUCAGGAGGCUCCGCCCCCUCAGCCGCAGAGGAAAGCAGAGAAGAAGAAGAGAGAGGGGGAGGAGGGCGGGAAGGAGACGGGAAGGAGCAUCAAGACCUCCUCUCUGUUCAAGCACAACCCAGACAUCCCUCACCUGCACAGGCCGACUGUUUCCCAGCUGAAGGAGCAGAUCUUCACCUCCGACUCCUUCACUGACCUCGACCUGCACCCCCACCUGGUGGCGACUCUGAACAAAGUUCUGAAUGUUUCUACUUUGACCAGUGUUCAGAAACAGACGAUUCCAGCUCUGCUUUCAGGACGAGACGCUGUGGUCCGAUCUCAGACGGGAUCUGGGAAGACCCUGUGCUAUGCCGUCCCGGUGGUUCAGGGUCUCCAGUCGGUCCAGCCCAAGAUAACGAGAGCUGACGGGCCGCUGGCGCUCGUUAUCGUCCCCACCAGAGAGUUGGCUCUCCAGACGUUCCAGACGUUCCAGAAGCUUCUGAAGCCGUUCACCUGGAUCGUGCCCGGCGUGCUGAUGGGAGGAGAGAAGAGGAAAGCAGAGAAGGCCAGGCUUCGUAAAGGUAUCAACAUCCUGGUGUCGAAUCCGGGUCGCCUGGUGGAUCAUCUCAAACACACCCUGAGCAUCGCCUUCAGCGCCGUGAGGUGGCUGAUUCCUGGCGAGGCCGACCGGGUGUUGGAUCUUGGCUUUGAGAAGGAUCUCACCGUCAUCUUAAACAGUCUGAACUCUGCAGGACCGUCCCGACAGAACGUCCUGUGUGUGUGUGUGUGUGUGUCAGGCCUGUCUCGGUUAGCGGAUGUGUGCAUGAAUGACCCAGUAAACAUCCAGGUGUCAGGCCCCGCCCCCUCUGACCUCGUCACCCCUGUGACCGCUGACACCGCCCCAGCCGGCCAAUCAGAGAGCUUCGCCGUCCCGGAGGCCCUGAACCAGUUUGUGGUGGUGGUUCCCAGCAAGGUGCGCCUGGUCUGCCUGGCCGCAUUCAUACUGGACAAGUGUAAGCUCUCCCAGCACAGUAACAAGCUGAUCGUCUUCGUCUCGAGCUGCGAGGCCGUCGAGUUUCUCCUCUCCGUCUUCUCCUCCGUCCUCGGCGGGCCCUCGGCCAAUCACAGCCCUGCACUCAACUUCCUGCGUCUCCACGGCAACAUGAAGCAGGAGGAGCGGACAGAAGUGUUUCAGGAGUUUUCUGUCUGCACGUCUGGAGUCCUGCUGUGCACGGAUGUAGCAGCCAGAGGACUCGACCUUCCACAGGUUACUUGGAUAGUUCAGUACACCCCCCCCUCCUCAGCAGCAGAGUACGUGCAUCGCGUGGGGCGGACCGCUCGUAUCGGCGGCAGAGGAAGCAGCCUCCUCUUCCUCGCCCCCGCUGAGACCGCCUACCUCACCGAGCUGGCCAAUCACAACAUCAGCCUAUCAGAGAUGAAGCUCCUUGACAUCCUGUCCUGUCUGAUGCUGGAUGAUGCGUACAAGGGGCGGGGCAAGUACCACAGCAAGACCUCGUCCGUGGCUCUGGAUCAGGAGAUCAAAGAGCGAGCCACCGUCCUGCAGACCGAAUUCGAGAACUUUGUUCACGCCAACACACACAUGGUGCAGACAGCCAAGAAAGCCCUGCAGUCGUUCCUGCGAGCCUACACGGCGUACCCGGCCGCUCUCAAACACGUCUUCCACAUCCGCCGGCUGCACCUCGGCCACGCCGCCAAGAGCUUCGGCCUCAGAGACGCCCCGCACGACCUGGGGGCCCCGGGCGGCCCCAAGACCGCCAGGGGCCCUGGGACCAAGGCCCGGGCCAGGGGCCAGGCCCCAGGUAAAGGCACACAGAAGAGGUGAGCUCCCAUUGGCCGGUUU